AAGAGCAGAGGGAGGUGACCAGAGUGGGUCAGAAGCACACGUUACUCUCAGGCGGUUCCAUGUGCCCCACAUGGAUGAUCAUUGAAGAAGAAACUCCAAUCCCCAGAGAAAACUACACAUUUUUAGCGGAAACCCAGAGAGAUACGGACCACAACAAGCAACAAUUUCUUGGUUUGAUCCAAGCUUUCGAGCAAAUUUAGCAUAGCAGGUCUGUUUCACUGUUCUCUGAUCUGACGCAGGCCGACGGAGAGGGAGGAAGAAAAGUGAGAAAUAUGGAGAAGAACAGUGAUGGGUUUGUGAGGGCGGAUCAGAUUGAUCUGAAGAGCUUGGAUGAGCACCUCGACAGGGCGUGGACCAUGGAUAAGAAUAAGAAAAAAGAGGAACAUGAGACUUUCAACCGUAGUUCUAGUAACAGCGUUGCUGUUAACAUCAUAUCCACCGCCGGAACUAUGAAGAAGGAGAGGCCGGAGUGGGAGAUCGACCCCGCCAAGCUCGUCAUCAAGGCCGUCAUUGCCCGUGGCACCUUCGGCACCGUUCACCGUGGAAUCUACGACGGCCAGGAUGUCGCUGUUAAAUUGCUCGACUGGGGUGAGGAGGGUCAUAGAACUGACGCUGAGAUUGCUUCAUUAAGGGCAGCUUUUACGCAAGAAGUUGCUGUGUGGCAUAAGCUAGAUCAUCCCAAUGUCACUAAGAGUUUCCUCAAAGAAGUGGUUAAGAAGUGCUUGAGCUACCUAAUUCUGUUCCUUGAACUGAUCUCCAUAGAAGUGACAGAUAUGGAGUCAGCAGCUGAAGGCAACAUCAGUGGAGAAAUGAUCCCUUGGGAAUUAUCCACUAUGAUUGCAAAAACAAUUGUAAAAGGAAGAAAGUUUAUAGGGGCAACCAUGGGCUCAUCAGAACUCCAAAUACAAACUGAUAAUGGUCAAAUGAGCAUGCCGAGUAGUAUCUGUUGUGUUGUUGUGGAAUAUCUGCCAGGGGGUGCUCUGAAAUCAUACCUUAUAAAAAACAGGAGAAGGAAGCUAGCUUUUAAGGUCGUCAUCCAGAUUGCACUAGAUCUUGCUAGGGGGUUGAGUUACCUUCACUCGGAGAAGAUUGUUCACAGAGAUGUGAAGACAGAGAAUAUGCUAUUGGACAAGACACGAACGGUAAAAAUUGCUGAUUUUGGGGUUGCUCGUGUUGAGGCUUCAAAUCCUAACGACAUGACUGGGGAGACAGGAACACUUGGUUAUAUGGCACCUGAGGUUCUCAAUGGCAAUCCAUAUAACAGGAAAUGUGAUGUGUACAGUUUUGGCAUCUGUUUGUGGGAGGUAUAUUGUUGUGACAUGCCAUAUCCUGACCUUAGUUUCGCGGAAGUGACUUCAGCUGUGGUUCGACAGAAUCUGAGACCAGAGAUUCCAAGAUGUUGCCCAAGUUCCUUGGCGAAUGUAAUGAAGCGAUGUUGGGAUGCUAAUCCCGACAAGCGGCCAGAGAUGGCAGAGGUAGUUUCCAUGUUAGAGGCUAUAGACACAUCAAAAGGUGGAGGUAUGAUUCCACUUGAUCAGCCUCAAGGUUGUAUUUGUUUCCGCAAGCAUCGAGGGCCUUAAAUUCUAUGGUUUGCAUGAACAAGUUGAUGUAAUUAUUUCGAAGAUGGAGAUCCAGUUGUAGUUACACUGCAGAAAAUACAAUUUGGGAUAUCUUGAUGAGAGAAAAAGACCGAUGGUGGGCAUAGGCGGAGUCACCAAAGCUGGAUGAUGUAAAGCUUUUUUUUUUUUUUUUUUUUUUUUUUUUUGGGUAUCCUUAUAUAAAUGUUUUUUUUUUCCAAAUACCUAUUGAAUAUACCAAAUAUGUGUUCUUCAUUCGGAUUGUUGGACUGGCUCUGCCACCUCUUUUUAAGAUCUUCCACUACUGAUAUAGUUUGAUCAUUAUCAUUUCUAUGAUUAA